AUGUCGAAUCAAGCGCUUGGUAGUGAAGCAGCGCAGGUCCGUGAAGAUGGUAAAAUGAGUGGAUUUGAGCUUAUAGCACGACGCAUAAUUAUGAAUAGAUUGAAAUGCCUUUGGAAGUACAUGGAGGAGGGAAGACACGACGAAUUGAAUGAAAAGGAUUAUAAGGAUGGCGAUGAAGACGUAGAAGAGGUGACAAAUACGUCGGAGAAUGGGGAUGGCGAUGCUGAUGACGGGGACAUCGAAGCUGAAGAUGAGGAUGGAGAAGACGAAGAUGAUGGUGAUGGUGAUGUUGAUAAUGAAAUUGAGGAAGUCGUGGGAGUUGAAUUAGUGCAAGAUGAAGAUGAAGGCGAAAGCGAAGAGGAGGACGAUAAUGUAGAUGAAGAUGACGAUGAGGACGAGGAAGUAGAAGACGACGACGACGAGGAAGACGAUGAGGAUGAGGAAGAGGAGGGAGACAACAACGACGAAGACGACGACGACGAUGACGAUGAAGAGGAAGGAGAAGAUGAGGAUGAAGAAGAUGAUGAGGACGAUGAGGAAGAAGAGGAAGACGAGGACGAUGAGGAAGAUGGUGAUGAGGAUGGAGAAGAAGAAGACGACGAAGAUGAAGAGCAAUCAGAGGAGGAAGAAGACAAUGAUGAUGAGGAAGAAGAAGAUGACGAUGAUGAUGACGAUGAAGAGGAAGAGGAAGAGGAGGAGGAGGAGGAGGAGGAGGAGGAGGAGGAAGAAGAUGACGGAGAUGAAGGAGAAGUAGACGUAAAAGAAGUUUUGAAGUUCGGGUUUAAGGAACAGGUAGAAGAAGGAGGAGAGGAGGCAGAGGAGGCAACUCCCAUAAAAAUAGGCAAUUACCAAUCCGGAGGAGGCAACCCCUUCAGGUAA